AUGGGUGCUAUUUGUGCAAUUGUGUAUAUACUGGCAAUUAUUGUCUUUAUUCCAUUCCCUUUUUAUAAAGAUAUCGUUGCCGCAACGUCUGGAGGCGGUAAUCGCGAUGUUGUCUUGCCCGUUGCGCAUGUAGAGACUGGGCGAUUCCUGCAUCGUUUCCCUCACAAUAAGGUGAAGUGGCCCCAGAAAUGGUUGCUUGCAUCUUACUUAUCGGGGCUACUGUCAUUGCAAUCCAUCGUUAUCCUAGGCAUAGGGGACGAUCUCCUCGAUAUUCGAUGGCGACAUAAAGUGCUGAUACCAGCAUUUGCCGCUAUACCGAUGCUUAUUGUAUACUUUGUGGACUUCGGAGUCACCCAAGUGGUCGUCCCUGUUGCCCUACAGAGAUAUCUAGGAUCGAUGAUUGAUUUGGGCUGGCUGUAUUACGUGUAUAUGGCGGCCGUGGCAAUCUUCUGUCCUAAUAGCAUUAACAUGCUUGCAGGCAUUAAUGGAAUCGAGGUAUCGCAAUCAAUCGCCAUCGCGAUUCUCUUAAUCGUCAACGACGCAAUGUAUUUGGCUCCAAUCACCCCAUAUCCUCACCCGGCCACGGAUUCGCACUUGUUCUCGAUCUAUCUCUUACUUCCAUUUAUCGCUGUCUCACUAGCGUUAUGGUGGCACAAUUGGUAUCCUGCAAAAGUGUUCGUGGGAGACACCUAUUGUUAUUUUGCGGGAAUGGUGUUUGCCGUGGUGGGAAUCCUAGGACAUUUCAGCAAAACUCUGCUGCUUCUCUUCGUUCCGCAGAUUUUCAAUUUCCUUUAUUCCACGCCACAGCUUUUUCACUUGAUGCCAUGUCCGAGACACCGACUGCCGCGAUUCAACGCUCGAACGGGGCUCCUGGAACCAUCUGUCGCUCAGUGGCCGCGACCACCGAAAAGGCCAAUCGCGAUCGCCCUUGAGAUUCUAAAUCAGCUCCAUCUAGUACUGAUUAAGAAAAACGAACAAGGGGAGAUUGUCGAAUCGACUAAUUUAACCCUGCUGAACCUUUGGCUUAUCUGGUUUGGGCCUUUACGGGAGGAUAAACUCGCGGUGCACGUAGUCGGGAUCCAAUUCUUCUGCGGGUUCAUUGGUUUGCUGGCCAGACAUAAGCUUGCGUUAUGGGUGUUCAGGGAGGAUAACCGUGGAUUUGGAUCAAAUCCACUUGCUCAGAGUCAUUCCACACUUUUGACAUUUCGACAUUUCUUCGGUGCUCCGGAAUUCCUUGAUCCUAUAGUUGAUAUCCAGAGCAUUAGAAAGAAUACAGACCAUAUUGUCAACGAGCAGGAAGAUGGCACAAUUUUGCUCUAUAUCGAUAGACAUCUCGUACAUGAAGUGACAUCACCACAAGCAUUUGAAGGAUUGAAGAAUGCCGGGCGUCCAGUGCGAAGGCCUGACUGUACUUUAGUUACAGUGGAUCAUAAUAUUCCCACUACAUCACGGAAAACCUUCAAAAACGUCUCCGAAUUCGUUCAGGAAGCCGACUCUCGUUUACAAUGCAUGACCCUCGAAGAAAACGUGAAGGAUUUCGGUCUUACAUACUUUGGGCUUGGAGACAAGAGACAGGGAAUAGUUCACGUCAUUGGCCCGGAACAAGGGUUUACUCUGCCAGGUACAACAGUUGUCUGCGGAGACAGCCACACCUCAACCCAUGGAGCGUUCGGAGCUUUAGCGUUCGGUAUCGGAACCAGCGAAGUCGAACAUGUGCUUGCGACGCAGACCCUGAUCACCAAGCGGAGCAAAAACAUGCGCGUGCAAGUCGAGGGAGAUCUCCCACCAGGGGUUACGAGUAAAGAUAUUGUGCUCCACGUUAUUGGCGUAAUUGGAACCGCAGGAGGCACAGGCUGUGUCAUUGAAUUUUGCGGCUCCGCUAUCAGAAAACUCAGUAUAGAGGCAAGAAUGUCUAUUUGCAACAUGUCUAUUGAGGCUGGCGCCAGAGCUGGUAUGAUCGCGCCUGACGAAAUCACUUUUGAGUACUUGAAGGGGAAGCCUCUUGCGCCCAAGUAUGACAGCGCAGAAUGGAAAAAGGCGGUCAAGUAUUGGUCAAGUUUAAGAUCCGACGAAGGCGCUACAUAUGAUAAGGAAGUUUUCAUCGAUGCCAAAGAGAUCAUCCCCACAGUUUCGUGGGGCACGUCUCCCCAGGACGUCGUGCCCAUCACUGGCGUUGUCCCCGGACCAGACGAUUUUGAUGACGAAACCAAGAAAGCAAGCGCUCGAAGGGCUCUUGAAUACAUGGGUCUUACUGCCGGAACGCGCAUGCAGGAUAUCCCAAUCGACAAGGUCUUUAUCGGUUCUUGCACGAAUUCCCGGCUUGAGGAUUUACGCGCUGCUGCCCGCAUUGUUGAGGGCAGACGAGUAGCACCCAACGUGAAGAGGGCCAUGAUUGUUCCGGGAUCUGGCUUAGUCAAAGAGAGAGCAGAAAGCGAGGGAUUGGAUAAGAUUUUUCUUGAUGCUGGAUUUGAGUGGAGAGAAGCCGGCUGCUCGAUGUGCUUGGGCAUGAAUCCGGAUAUUCUCUCCCCGCGAGAGCGAUGCGCCAGUACUUCGAACAGAAACUUCGAAGGCCGACAAGGAGCAGGAGGGCGGACGCAUCUCAUGUCACCGGCAAUGGCUGCCGCUGCUGCCAUCGUUGGAAAGCUUGCUGAUGUUAGAGACUACGCGCACGCAAGCCCUGCCGUCAAACAAGGCUCGCCCAAAAUUGAAGUUCAGCCGGAAGUAGACGACAUUGAAACUGAAGAUGACCUUGACCGUAUUCUCGAUUGCCCUAAGGAUAACGAACCUCAUGCCAACACUUCUGCCGCCAAAUCUUCUGUUGGUCUCCCCAAGUUCACUACACUCAAGGGUAUUGCGGCACACCUUGACCGUGCGAACGUAGAUACCGACGCUAUCAUCCCGAAACAGUUCCUCAAGACUAUCAAGCGUACGGGGCUCGGCAGUGCACUCUUUCACGCCCUUCGAUAUAAUGAGGACGGUAGCGAAAACCCAAAUUUUGUUCUCAACAAGGAACCAUACCGUAGGAGCAAGAUUCUUGUGAGCGGAGAAAACUUUGGUUGCGGAAGCUCUCGAGAACAUGCUCCAUGGGCGCUCCUCGAUUUUGGUAUCAAGUGUAUCAUUGCACCGUCGUACGCCGAUAUCUUCUUCAACAACACGUUCAAGAACGGUAUGCUUCCCAUCAUAAUACCAGAUGCCGCAACGAUAAAGAAGAUCACUACGGAGGCGGAAAGUGGCAACGAAAUCGAGGUAGAUUUGGUUAACCAACGCAUCAAUGAUGCCGCGGGCAACAAACUUGCAGACUUUGACGUGGAGGAAUUUAGGAAACACUGCCUUGUGAACGGCUUGGAUGAUAUCGGGCUUACCAUGCAGAUGGAAGAGCAAAUCAAGAAGUUUGAGACACACCGUACGCUGGAAACGCCUUGGCUCGAUGGGAGCGGAUACUUGAAGCGGAGAAACGGCAAACGGAAUGGCCCAGUCAUGGUUGAGGCAGCCCCCGUUCCAAAGACGAAUCGAGGAGAAGUGAAGGGAGAGCCUCUCGAAUGUAGUAUUUCAAGCGUCCAGAUUCUCAACGACAAACGAGAGAUGACAUUCCUUCCUAUGUGCAGAGCUAGAGUGUCUGCUGGGUUCAAUAUGUACUUCUUGCUGAGGGAAGUGCUGUCUGGGGCAGCUGGCUUUACCCUUCGCCAUCGCUGCCACUUCCACUUGAACUUUCCUUCUGUGCUGACCUUCCCGAUGGUGUCUACUGCUGGUGCUUGGGGCUUUUCUCAGCUACUGUGUCAAAUUCAGCAAAUAUGUGACUACGGGCCCCCGGAUUUUAGAAUGAAGCCCCGUCGGGGUUCAAGCCUUAUCCACAAUAUCGACUACAUGCACCCAGCAAGCCUUCCUGUGGUGCGGUGGAUAUUAGCAACAGUCUUGGUUAUAACAUGGGCUGCUCCCGCGACAUGCUGGCCUUAUGACCCCAACGAGGUCGGAUACAACCUCAACGAGAACAAGAACGCCGCUAGCCCUGCUGAAUACUCGGGGAAGUGGCCAGACCACAAAUAUUUCCCUUCACCUGAAAAUUGGAGAUUCCCGUUCUACACUCUUUUCGUGGACAGAUUUGUGAACGGUGACCCGAACAACGACAAUGUCAACGGCACCACAUUUGAGCGGGAUGUUAACUCAAACCAAAUGCGGCAUGGCGGAGACGCUCUGGGCCUGGUUGACUCGUUGGAUUACCUUCAAGGCAUGGGAAUCAAGGCAAGGCUUGCCGUCGGGAUUCGUAUAUUCUCGCCAGGAAUAUACAUCGCUGGGACAAUCUUGAUCAACGAACCAUGGGGAGCUGACGGAUAUUCGACCCUCGAUACGACGCUCCUUGACCGCCACUUUGGCAAUAUGGAAACAUGGCGAUAUGCCAUCACUGAAAUACAUAAGCGAGGCAUGUAUAUUAUUAUGGACAAUACCAUUGCAACAGAGAAGCUUAUUAGACACUCCUGUCUCUUGAUAGAGCAGCUUGAUAUCGAUGGUUUUCGGUACGACAAAGCAAGUCAAGCCACGGUCGACGCGUUAAGUGAUAUGAGCGAGGCAUAUCGUGCCUGCGCCCGAAAACUUGGGAAAAACAAUUUCUUUCUCCCAGGAGAGAUCACUGGUGGGAACACACUUGGUUCCAUUUAUAUCGGCCGUGGGCGACAAGCCGAUAUGCGAUUGCUAGAUUUAAAAGAUGCACUUCGACUCGAUAGCAACAACGAGGCCUCCUUUAUCCGUAAAAAGGGAAAAUCUGCUUUGGAUGCCGGUGCGUUUCACUACUCUGUCUAUCGGGCCAUGACGAGAUUUCUUGGUAUGAGCGGCAAUCUAGCGGCCGGUUACGAUACUCCUGUUAAUUGGGUUGCCUCUUGGUACGAGAUGCUCCUCACUAAUGAUCUAAUCAACGUGAACACCGGCAAGCUCGAUCCGCGACAUAUGUACGGCGCUACCAACCAGGACGUUUUCCGCUGGCCCGCUCUCAAAGACGGCACCCGAAGACUGCUUAUGGCCUUGUAUAUAGUGUCGUUGCACCUUCCUGGGAUCCCCUUGAUCCUCUGGGGCGAAGAGCAGGCGUUCUAUAUCCUCGACAGUACAGCGUCGAAUUACAUAUUUGGUCGACAGCCGAUGUCUUCUGCGAUUGCUUGGCAGACCCAUGGAUGUUACCGACUCGGUUCAUCUCACUACUUCCAAUGGCCUCUUGGACCUGCUGCUGACGGCUGCCACGAUGACGCUGUUAGUUAUGACCAUCGAGAUCCAUCACAUCCCGUUCGAAACAUUUUAAAGGCCAUAUUCCAAAUGCGAGAAAACUAUCCUACGUUGAACGACGGCCUUUAUACCCAAGAGCUGUCAAAGCUGACCCGAAAUAAAACCCAUGACCCUCGAGAUAUACCAACUGAAGUCGGUAUAUGGUCGGUCCUUCGCGGGCAUUUCAAUGAGGUUCAGGACCCUGAACAUAAGGAUUUGCCCAUAUGGCUCAUUUAUCAUAAUGAUGAUCAAAGGGUUGACUAUAAUUUUGACUGUGGCAACCGAGAGAAGGCCCUUAUUUCCGUCUUUGACGAAGGUAUUACUGUGAAAAACUUAUUUCACCCUUAUGAUGAGCACAAGCUGAAGCCGAGCCCUGUGAAACUUGGAAUCAACAACUCAACAAAUCACAAUGGAUGCCUUGACACUCUGCGGAUGGAAGCCUGGGACUUUCGGGCGUACGUUCCUAAAUCAAAAUUCAUCCGCCCAAAUCCUAUGAUCACAAAAUUCUUACCUGGUCAUGACGCGCGGCUAGCCUCCAAAGUUGGCUCAACCGCAAAUGAGACUAUCCACGUGGAGAUUUACUUUUCCGACGAGAUGAAUUGCAGCAGCGUGACAGAGAGCUUGUUGUUCAACUCAACGACACAUAACGGUAUUAAACCAUCAAUAGGGCGCCGCAGCGUGCAAUGCAAAUCAAUUGAACCCACCAAGCUACAAUUUGCAGGUGAAAUACCCGGUAUUUGGAAAUGGUCUGGGAACCUUACUGGAGUAUACAACGGAAUUCAUCGGCUACAGAUCGAAAGUGCAAAGUCAAAAGACGGGAAGCGGACUACUGGUGUUGUUGACCAAUUUCUGUUCCGAAUCGGGCAGCUAGAUAAUCCAAUGGUUUUCACACGCACGGCAAAUUACUCGUCUACCUUGCUACACCGGAACGAAAAGGGAGAACUCUACGUGAACCAUCAUGCCGCUGGUGCUGACUCUUACCGAUAUUCAACUGAUUGGGGUUUAAGUUGGUCGGAGUGGAUGCAUUAUAAAGGCGGGAAUGAUACGCUGAAGAAGCAACAGUGGAUUGGUACCAAGAAGCAGCGGUGGAAAGGUGAGCAUGUGAUUGUUGAGUAUUGGAAUCGUAUGGCAGGCAGUAGUAGCCACGUCCAGCACGGCGAUCUCGACUGGCAACAUGAUCAUACAAGGAGAUUCCCACAUCUGUUCUGGAACGGACCGCAUAAUCUCUACGGUUACGACGCUGGAAUUGAAAACCAAUUGCGCCUCAACGAAAACGGACAGUGGACCAUAGGUUUUAUGUCAGAGUGGCCAACUGUGGCUCAAGUGAAUGUUUGGGGUAUGAAUAAGGAUGGAGAACCAGAUAAAAGCUACGUUUUUGGCGAUGCCAACGAAGAUUCUGUCUUGGAUCGUCUUCCACCUUCAUCGUUGAAAAAAUCAGUCCUCAAAAUUGAGCCUCCUCCUUUGCCCUACCUAUCUUGGACUUUCGUCUUGAACGAUGGAACAUUACGUUUUGAGCUGCUUCCCGCCAGUUCAAUGUAUGUGCAACUGGCUCUUUUUGUGAUUUUGUUGGUCAUUUUCAUCGCAACUGCAGUAGCUGGAGGUUAUGCGUUCAAACGUCACUUUUGUCGAGUCAUUGUUAAUACGGGUGACAUGGAGAAUAAACAGGCUCUCCUUAUGUCGGCUGAAGAAUGCUGCAAGACUCCAGGGCCAUUCAAAAGACUAAUGAGCAUAUUCGGCCGCUUAAUCAUAAACGAAGAUCCCCGGUGCUUACCGUACUCACGACGGACUGUUCUUAUUGCGACAAUGGAAUACGAAAUAAAGGAUUGGGGUAUAAAGAUCAAAAUUGGAGGCCUCGGAACCAUGGCAAAGCUCAUGGUGCAAAGUUUACAUGAUCUAAAUUUGAUUUGGGUCAUCCCCUGUGUCGAAGGUGUCGUGUAUCAACUUGAUCAAAAAGCCGCACCUAUGACCAUCAAAAUUUUUGGCGAGAAUUACAAGGUUGAUGUUCAGUAUCACACCAUUCGAAAUAUUACCUAUGUUAUUCUUGAUGCGCCCAUUUUCCGGCAACAGAAGAGCGAUGAUCCAUAUCCGGCUCGGAUGGACAACCUUGACAGCGCUGUAUAUUACUCCGCUUGGAACCAAUGCAUUGCGCAAACCAUGCAGAGGUUCCACAUUGAUAUAUAUCACAUCAACGAUUAUCAUGGUGCACUUGCCCCCCUCUAUAUCCUUCCCAAAACUGUGCCGGUGUGCCUGUCUCUUCACAAUGCCGAGUUUCAAGGUCUCUGGCAAAUUCGCGAGGAUGAUGACAUGAAAGAGUUGUGUCAGGUGUUCAAUAUUACUAAAAAUAUUGUCAGGAAAUAUAUUCAAUUUGGGGAAGUUUUCAAUAUGUUACACGCUGCUGCGAGUUAUUUGCGAAUUCAUCAACAGGGCUUCGGUAUCGUGGGUGUAUCCGAAAAGUACGCAGAAAGGUCUUAUAAGAGAUAUCCUAUCUUCUGGGGAUUGAAAACCGUGGGGAAACUACCUAAUCCGGACCCAGAUGAUAAUGGAGUGGUUGAGGAGGACUGUGAACAUACAGAUAUCAAAAUCGAUCCCCAGUAUGAGGUCUCGAAAGCCCAACAAAAGAGACAAGCACAGGAAUGGGCAGGACUUGACCAGAAUCCAAAGGCCAGAUUGUUUGCAUUUGUUGGAAGAUGGUGCUCACAGAAAGGUAUAGACCUCAUAGCAGAUGUCUUCCCUCGCCUCCUUGAAACCCGAAAGGAUGUACAGCUUAUCUGUGUUGGCCCGCUGGUUGAUCUUUAUGGAAAACUUGCUGCGUGGAAACUCCACAAGCUGAUGGAAAUGUAUCCGGCCCAAGUGUAUUCGAGGCCCAAAUUUACGUCUAUUCCACCUCAUAUUCAGGCCGGAGCUGAUUUUGUUCUUAUCCCUUCGAGAGAUGAACCCUUUGGUUUGGUUGCCGUGGAAUUCGGUCGCAAAGGUGUCCUCGGAGUUGGGGCAAGAGUUGGGGGUCUGGGACAAAUGCCAGGUUGGUGGUAUCCGGUUGAAUCUACCGCAGCCAGCCAUUUGAUACAACAAUUUCGGCAAGCUAUUGACCAGGCGUUGAACGCGAAGCCUGAAGACUUGGCCAAAAUGCGUGCAAGCUCAAGGACACAGCGGUUCCCUGUCGCACGAUGGGUUAAAGAGCUUGAUAUGCUACAUCUCGCUGCAAUCAGGAUACACGAGAAAAAUCGCGCUUUUCCUGCCCCUAUAGAAGCCUGCCCCACAAACCCCGGAGAUACAAGAAACGACAAUGUCGCCGAGCAGGAGAGUGGUGAAUCUCUCCUCGAUCUUCUGCAUGCCGACCACUUCCCAUUUUUGCCACCCGAUCCUCCUUCUAUGUGUGCAGUACACCCCUUUGCCUUGGCUCCUGACCCUUUUGUUGCAGCGGGUAGCGGCCCUCUUGCUUCCCUUAACUUGGUUACGGGCAAUAGAAAGGAUUUCCGCUUGCAAAAUGUGGAUCCGGCUUUUACUGAUCGAAAGGGUGAAUUCAUAGAAGCAUUUUUAAUGUGGCUUGAAUGCUUAAAUGGAAACAACUCUGAGACCCUACUAUGUAUUGAAGCAUUUUUGAAAAAGGUUGAGAAGAAAUGGUACCAACGCCUCAGGAGUGGCCGUUUGACCAAGGCUCAGCCGAAAGAGUCUGGCCAAACCGAUUGGGCGCUUCCUCCUGGUUUCGCUAAGGAUUUGGAAUUGGCGGAGGGAAAAGACGAGCAUGACGACGGUACAAGCGCCGACAACAUGAACAACCCGGUUGGCCUCAAGCGACUUAUGCUGGCCCGGAUUGGAGACUGGCCAGUUUAUUCAUUUUUUCUUGCGUUUGGACAGAUAAUAGCUGCCAACUCUUAUCAGAUAUCGCUGCUAAGUGGUGAGGUUGGGCAAUCGGCUGAAAAGCUCUACAUUAUUGCAACAGUAUACCUCGUCGGGUCUAUUGCUUGGUGGCAAGCUUUUAAGAGAUUCAAGGCAGUUACAGUGCUCUCUAUUCCCUUUUUCGUUUAUGCCCUAGCUUUCUUUUUGCUUAGUUGUGCUCAAUUCGGAUACACUGAAACGGCAACAGGAGUGAUUCAGUUUUUCAGUGCUGCGUUAUAUGCCUUUUCGGCUGCUAGUGGUUCUGUCUUCUUUGCCCUCAAUUUUGGCGAUGAAGGAGGCACACAAGUAAGGGACUCUGUGUUCAGAGCCUGCAUCAUCCAAGGUACACAGCAAAUUUUAGUGGUCGUGUUAUGGUACUGGGGUUCGAGCUUAUCGAAAAGCAGAGCUGCAGGUCAAAACCCAAACCCGGGCUCCUGGCAAAUCCACCCUACCGCAUUUGCCGUUGCUGUGGCUUUUUGCGCGGUCGGUGGUACGUCCUUCUAUGGGCUUCCCGACUGCUAUCGGCGCCCUCGUGCGAAAGUCCCAUCAUUCUACGUCUCCGUUUUCCGCCGGAAGAUUCUGCUGUGGUUUUUCGCCUCAGUAGGUAUUCAAAACUUCUUUCUCAGUGCACCGUACGGCCGCAAUUGGAGUUUUCUCUGGGGCUCCAGCCAUACCAAACCAUGGCAAAUUGUGAUGCUUGUUCUUGCAUUCUUCAUUGUUGUUUGGUGUGGUAUGCUCGGAUUAGCACUCCUAAAACGAGUAUCCCAAACGCACACUUGGAUAUUACCCGUUUUUGCUGUUGGACUAGGUCAGUACCGCAUUUCAAACCAAUCCUUUGUGUUUCCAUUGAGCUCCAAGAUGGGCACAGAUUUGGUGGGGAACAAGUGGCAUUGGCUCCUAUCUCCCGUGGGCGGGUGA